AACGUUGGAUUCACAGCUUGUGGCCGUUAGGAAGCAGCUCAGCAUAUCCGUCCCAUUCGUUACCAAAAUGUCAGUCUUUCAAACGAGAUAAAACCGCCCAAAAUACAUGUAUAUAUUUCAAAUUUUAUCAUCGUCGUCUAACGUCUAACGGAGUAGUGAACCGACUUUACCGGGGGGAAGGUUGACGGUGUAACACCACACCUGAGAAGAAGACGCCGCUCGCAUCUCAUCACAGUGAAUUUCUUUUAGCUCCAUUCUUCGUCAACUAAUUUCUAUUUUAAACCACGUAAAUGAGUCGCAGAGGAGACAGUGAUGAUGACAGCUGCGGUAAACGGAAGGUCGCGUAUGUUUACAGCCCGGAAUACAUCGAGACUUGCGACAGUUUAUCCAAAGUGCCAAACCGGGCGAGUAUGGUCCACUCACUGAUAGAAGCCUAUGGACUCCUUAAACACAUGAGCACUGUUAAACCUCAAGUGGCCACCAUAGAGGACAUGGCCAAGUUCCACACAGACUCUUACCUGGAGCAUCUUCACAAGAUCAGCCAGGAUGGAGACAACGAUGACCCCCAGUCAGUCGACUACGGCCUGGGUUAUGACUGUCCAGUGGUGGAGGGGAUAUAUGACUAUGCAGCAGCAGUAGGGGGCGCUACACUGACCGCAGCCCAGUGUCUGCUGGACCAAAAGUGUGAAGUGGCUAUCAACUGGGCAGGAGGGUGGCACCAUGCCAAGAAGGAUGAGGCAUCAGGUUUCUGUUAUGUGAACGAUGCUGUGUUGGGAAUCCUCAAACUGAGGGAGAAGUACGAGAGGGUCCUCUAUGUGGACGUUGACCUGCAUCACGGAGAUGGUGUGGAAGAUGCCUUCAGCUUCACAUCCAAAGUCAUGACCGUCUCCCUGCACAAGUUCUCUCCUGGAUUCUUCCCAGGUACGGGUGACCUGUGUGACACGGGGCUGGGUAAAGGCCGUUGGUACGCCGUGAACGUCCCGCUGGAGGACGGCAUCAAGGAUGACAGAUACUACCAGAUUUUUACCAGAGUAAUGCAGGAAGUGCGUGCACAGUUUAACCCGGAGGCGUUGGUCAUGCAGCUAGGUGCCGACACCAUGGCGGGCGACCCCAUGUGCUCCUUUAACAUGACCCCGGUGGGGGUGGGCAAGUGUCUGCAGCAUGUCUUGGAGUGGCAGCUACCUACACUGCUGCUGGGAGGAGGAGGUUAUAACCUGGCUAAUACGGCUCGUUGUUGGACCUACCUGACGGCAGCGGUGCUGGGAAAGACUCUCUCCUCUGAGAUACCAGACCACGAGUUUUUUACAGAGUAUGGACCGGACUACUCGCUGGAGAUAAGCCCAAGCUGUCGACCAGACCGUAACGACGCCAAACACCUGGACCAGGUCAUCAGCACCAUCAAAGGGAAUUUGAAGAAUGUGGUUUAGGAGUCUGCAGCCUCAGCCUCCUCCCACACACACACACACACACACACACCAUGUUUCCAAACCAGGUCGAUGCUCGGCGGCUUUAAUGAAGACAAUAUGGAGCGGACCCUUUUGGCCCUGAGGCACGGAGCCAUCGAUGAAGGCAGGAAAAAGAGCGAGAGAGGGUUUUGGAAAACAUUAGCUGAGUGUUUCCAGGGGGGGAACAGUUAAAUAAGGGGAGGGGGGUGAUGUGGUUGCUGUACAGUGUUCACUGUUAAUCCAUUUUUUAUUUUUUAUUUUUGGAAAAGGUAUGUGUGUUUGUGUGAAUGAGAGAGUUUGUGGUGAGUUCACUGUGGGUAUGUAAAACUGAAUUAGAACAGGGGUUUUUUACAGUCAGUGCACCCAGCUUUUCUUUUUUUUUUUUGUAUCUGUGGAUGCGUGUGUGCAUCCCAUCAGGCCGAUAUUUCAAACUGAACGGAAAAACAGAUUUUCUCAGGUGUCCGGUUUCACGUUCACCCCGGUGCUGCUGUGAUUUCAGCCCCCUGAGGACAGAUAAGCACUAAAACAGACAAAAAGCGAAACAGUGAGGUUCCCCAAACGCUUUGUUAUACGUCUAUAGCAGGCCAAGAAAGUAUUAGUGUUCGGUGUUAUUCUCAGCUGUAGCAUCACAUGUCCUCACUAACAGUUAAUCACUAAAAAAACGUUGACCAAAAUCUCGGGAAUCUGCGGGGAAAGUGGCACUCUGAAAAUGAAAAAAUUGUCAGAAACCACUCUGCAAUAUAAACAGCUAAAAAAAAAAAAACGUGAUCUUCACUCUUAUUGCCUUUUAAAUGUAGCUCAUUGUCCCCAAGUACUCUGCAAAGUAUGUACAUGUAUAGUUUGUUAGUUUGUAGGGUUUUUUUUCCUUUCUGUAGGUCGUUACAAUGCCUAAACAAGUCUAAAAAUAGCUGCAAAGUGCAUCUGAUUGUUUCCAUGUCUGUACAAGUUUGGAAAGCAGAACCAUGUUGUUUAACCCCGCUGCAGUGUUUGUGAUGUGAAGUCACAUCACACUGCAGUGCAGCUGCACAUCAGACCGAACAGUGAUCAAAAUCAGCAAGUGGUCUUUGUGACACUGAGGUUCAUGUGGGAGGUUGACACAAGUGGGAAAACAAGUGAAGGCUUAAUGUGUAGCAGCAUCACAGGAAUGUUUUUUUUUUUUUUUUGAGUUUUGGAUUGUACUAAUAAUCCGAUUGCAUUGAUCAGUUCCAGUGUCGAGGGCCAAAUUGCUUUUUAAAAAGUUCACUUUUGACCGUGGAAAUAGUAGUUCAACUCAAGGUCCACUAGCUUUUUUACUCCAUCUUCCAUAGUUCUUCAAACUUUACCCGCUCCAGAAAACAAUAGAGAGUGGACCUUAAGUCAAGAUAUUUUAUUUGUUUCUUUUUUUUCUUCUUCCAGUUUUCACAAUAAUGGAAAAAGAAAAGGAAAAACCUGCCUUGUCGUUCACUGUAACAGGCUGCUGAUUUAAAGCAAAACACAUUUUUAACCUUAGUAACUUAAGUAACUAACACUUUUAACUGUAACUUCCACCACCAUGUUUACUUCUCAAUAUACUGUACGUAUGUGACCACACUUUGGAUUGAAAAGAAAGUGAAGAGUUUUUCCUUUUUUGUGUAUUUGUUUUUACAGAAUGACUUCUUUUUUUUAAAUGUCGGCAUGUUUUGAUGUACAUACCACGGGCGUUUGUUGAAAUAAAAGACAGGAGAGCA